GUAUUGUACUUGAAUAACCAUUUCAGAUUUUAGAUACGUAUCACGUUAAGACUUCAUAACAAGUUCGAUAUUGAUAUGUAGGCUAUUUGAAUUUGAUCAAAAUGUUGUGAACACGAUUGAACGCGCUGUAUCUAAUUGAGAUAUUGAGUUCAAAAUUUCAAAUUUGCACAUGAGAUAAAGAAUAAUUUGAGAAUGAUCCUGAAAAGGUGAAUUUUAAUGAGCAUUUUUCGCGAAAAGUGACGUAAGUACUUGGAAGUUCCGUUGAGAUAAACUAUAGUUCAGGGGAAAGUCUGUAGAUACGUUGAUCCUUGAUCCUCCAAGAAAAAAAAUAUGUUCUUGUACUCAAUACGUGUACCUAUACCUACCUAUCGGAAAACGUUCAUGUUUCGAGCCUUGCUUUUUAAUUUAGGUGGGUAAGGUGUACCUCUACCUACGUACAUAUGUUAUUUUUUCGAUUUCCAAAGAAUUUUUCUACAAUAAUGAAGACUAUUUAAUUGGUAUAUCAUGUGUGCAAUAAAAAUUGAAGCACUUUUUUGUAGUGGGUAUUGAGUAAGCAAUACAUAUACGAGUAUUACCUAACCUUGUUUCUGAAAAUUAGGUACUAUUUUAACGAACGUGUUCGCAUAAAAUAUACAAUUCUUCAUUCCAGAAAAUGAACAUUACGAUUGGUAUGCUGAACCAUUGAACCAGAUAUGGAGUUUGCUAAAAAUAAUAUACGAGUAGAUUGCUGGUUCCUAAACCUUGAAAAUUAAUCAAGUUUUAGGUAAUAACGUCGCGUGAAAUUUAUUUGCGCUGUGUAAGUACCCACUCAGGAGGCAUUUAAUUACUUACAGUCAUUGCUUAAAAUAGUUGAACGAGGUGUUGUUGUAUCAACAUAGGUACUCAUACCACAUUUUGUAUAAUUUUCUUUGAGUUUAUAGUAGAAACAGUGGGUACCUACUACCUACCUCAUGUACAUAGACUCUCUACUCAAGUGAGUAAGUAAGGAAGCUGAUACAUGAAAUAGUUUUCAGAUACCCAUCCUUUUAACGUAAUUCUUUGUAAAGCAUUAGAAGAAAAACUUGAGUAUGUGUAAAAUUGAGACGUUCACGAUCAGUUUAUUGGUUGUGUACGUUGCAGUAGUUCCAGCAAUCGAAUCUCGACCAUUGGGCAUUCAUGGCAGAACCUCCUCCAAGUGGGAAAUUUGCUUGACGAAGAACUGCGAUAAAGCGGUUGAUGAUCAUGCUGAAUCUAAGAAGGUGAAAAAACCACCGGAAGCUGAGAGAGAGAAAGCCUAUUGGGAGGAAAUGGAGAAAAAGAUGGAGCAAGUUAUGAAGGAGAAAGAUGAGAUGGAGAAAAGGUAUCGGGAUACAAUGGCGAAGGAGAGAGCUGAGAUGGAGCAAGAAAUCAUGAGGAUGAAAGAUGAGAUGGAUAAAGCCUAUCAAGAGGCAAUGAAUGAGAAAACAGUCUGUUGGAAGGAUAUGGAGAUGGUGAAAGUUGAUAUGGACAUGGUCAUGAAGGAUAAAUUGAAAUUGGAGGAAGCCUAUCAGGAAGCAAUGUACAAGGAGAAAGAUUAUUUGAUGGAAAUGGAGAAAGUGAAAGCUGAGAAGGAGGCAGCCCUGAAAGAAAGAGACAAAAUUGAGAUAGACUAUUGGAAGGCAUUGGACGAGUUGGGAGCCUAUCGGGAUAAAACGGAGGAGAAAGCUGAGAAGGAGGAGUUGAUCAAGAAGAAAAUAGCUGAGAUGGAGGCCAAUAAGAAGACAGAUGCGGAGAAAUGGGCUCAGGAUGAAGCCGAUAAGAAGGCGAAAGAAGCAGUCGAUAAGGAGGCAGCACGUUGGGAGGUAAUGGAGACAGAGAAAGCCGCUCGGAAGGCAGCCGAGAUGGUGGAUUAAACUAAGAGGGAAAUAGCCAAGGAAGAACCUUCUGGAUGAGAGAAGGAGAAAACCGAUUGUUUAAAUGCGCAAAACGAAGAACCUAAAUCCAUAAACUGGCUAUAAGAAGAACCUGAUCACCCACUGCCUGAAACAUACAGGGAGGAUUUUUUUGGACUUCUUAGAUCAGAAUAAAUUCAUACCUUAUUUAACAUUUCUAUCAGUCGUGUAGUGUAUUAACAUUCGGGUGGUUUGUAAGAGUAUUUUGAAUUUUCGCUAUCUUGUGCUACCACUCACUCACUGAAAUAUAAAUCAAAUCAGUUGAUUUGUGCGAAUUGUAAUCAAAUUAUGUAUACUACUACUCGUAUCUAAAAAAAAAAAAAAACAACUCGUAUCUACUAAGUAUUUAAAGUAAGAUGAAUGUAAAUUCACUAGACUGCCACCAUUUUGACUAAGUUCAGAAAUGAAAAAUUAUAACUCAUGCUAUUCUAUGUACCUAGUAUGUUUCAAAAAACAAAAAAUAUUUAAAAAAAGAUGACUUAUUGAACUUGUUUAUUGUACAUAAUAAAAACAGUAGAAAAAAAAGGGUACUUAGAAACGUAUAAAACGGUCGAA